GGAGGGCUUCGCUCUCCUUUCACUUUCUCGGCUGCAAACCUGGCACCUGCGGACAGAACUACAGUUCCCACCGCGCAGCGAGGCAGCAGGAAGAAGGGGCCCAGGGGGCUGGAAAAGGAAAGCAAGGAGAAAAAGAAAACCUUCCCGCUAGCCAGCCGGAGGGGGAGCGCGGCAGUUCCACCCCAGGUAGGCAGCGCCAUGCAGUUCUCCAGCUCAGCCAGGGCAGCAGAUGAGAACUUCGACUAUUUGUUCAAGAUCAUCCUCAUCGGGGACUCCAACGUGGGGAAGACCUGUGUGGUGCAGCAUUUCAAAUCCGGGGUCUACGCGGAGACGCAGCAGAACACGAUUGGGGUGGACUUCACUGUGCGCACCCUGGACAUCGACGGCAGGAAAGUGAAGAUGCAGGUGUGGGACACGGCCGGCCAGGAGCGCUUCCGCACCAUCACCCAGAGCUACUACCGCAGCGCCCACGCCGCCAUCAUCGCCUACGACCUCACCCGGCGGUCCACCUUCGAGUCCGUUCCUCACUGGAUUCACGAGAUUGAAAAAUACGGAGCCGCGAACCUGGUCAUCAUGCUGAUCGGGAACAAAUGUGACCUGUGGGAGAAACGGCACGUUCUGUUCGAGGACGCCUGCACGCUGGCUGAGAAAUACGGCCUCCUUGCAGUUUUGGAGACAUCAGCUAAGGAGUCCAAGAACAUAGACGAAGUCUUUGUGCUCAUGGCCAGGGAGCUGAUCGCCCGCAACAGCCUGCAGCUGUACGGGGACAGCGCCCUGAGCCACCUGCCCCUGGACUCCAGUCCAGUCCUCAUGGCCCAGGUGCCAAAUGACAAGACCCACUGCACCUGCUGAGUGUGUUCACCAGGCCAAUAGCACCCACCAGAGGCCAUCGCUAAGCCAAAAGUGGCCGGGUCCUCUAGCGUCUGCCGACUAGCAUUUCAGACCCAAGUGUAGACUUGCCACAACUGAAUCCAUCCUGGGUUUAGACCAGAGGCCGCAACAGCUGACUCUGAGGCCAGAGGACACCACUGUCCUUUCUGCUCUUGCCUUGGACCUAAAGGCACAAGAUUAGAAGGACAUGGUCUGCUCCUUUUCAUCUUUUUUUUCUGUCUCCCCAACCCUUUAACUAUGUUUCCACUGAAUUUUGCUUCUCACUUGAAGAGGGUAGUGAGGAAAGAUCAAAGAGGGGCGAGGACACUCCGGAACAGUUUAAAACAGCUCGGUCCUGGGAAGAUGAGAAAAA